AUGGCAGCCGAAUUUACCCAAGAGACACCGCGGCCGAGAAAGCGCUCUGGCUGCAGUGAGCGAGCCCACAGCGCAGGUGCACAAUGGAGCAAACCCAGUGAGUGCGGGAAGCCCUCAGCAGGUGAGGGCAGCGUCUGUGGAAAGAGAAACAGGGAACUUUUCAAGUCCGAGACCCUUCCGUUAGACCUGGGAGAGAGCAAAAGCAACUUGCAGAGAGGAUCCAACAAGCAGAGGAUUUGUUUAUUGGAAUCUCAAACGCAACAUCAGCAAAUUCACACUGGGGAGAGGCCAUUCUCCUGCUCAGUGUGUGGGAAAGGAUUCACUCAGUUAUCCAGCCUAAUGAGACACCAGCGAGUUCACACUAGGGAGAAGCCAUUCUCCUGCUCAACAUGUGCGAAAGGAUUCACUCAGUUAUCCAACCUGAGAGCGCAUCAGCGGGUUCACACCAGGGAGAGACCAUACACCUGCUCUGAGUGCGGGAAGAGAUUCACUCGGCCAUCCCAUUUGCUGAUGCACCAGAGAGUUCACACUGGGGAGAGGCCGUUCAUCUGCUCGACGUGCGAUAAGGGAUUCACUCAGUCGUCUGACCUGCUGAUACACCAGCAGGUUCACACCGUGGAGAAGCCGUACACCUGCUCCGAGUGUGGGAAGGGAUUCACUCAUCCAUCCAAUUUGCUGAGACACCAGCGAGUUCACACCGGAGAGAGGCCAUACACCUGUUCCGAGUGCGGGAAGGGCUUCACUCGUUCAUCCGCUUUGCUGAUGCACCAGAGAGUUCACACUGGGGAGAGGCCGUUCAUCUGCUCAACGUGUGGGAAAGGAUUCACUUGGUUAUCCAGCCUGAUGAUGCACCAGCGAGUUCACACGGGGGAGAGGCCGUUCUCCUGCUCUACAUGUGGGAAAGGAUUCACUCGGUAUGCCUACUUGACACAACAUCAGUGGCUUCACACCGGGGAAAAGCCAUACACCUGCUCGGAGUGUGGGCAGGGAUUCACACAGUCAUCCCACUUGCAGUCACACCAGCGAGUUCACAGCGGGGAGAGGCCGUUCUCCUGCUCAACGUGUGGGAUGGCGUUCGCCCGUUCAUCUGAUCUGGUGAAACACCGGCGAGUUCACACCGGGGAGAGGCCUUACACUUGCUCCGAGUGCGGGAAGGGAUUCACUCGGUCUUCCUGUUUGCUGAGACACCAGCGAGUUCACACUGGGGAGAGGCCAUUCAUCUGCUCUGAGUGUGGGAAGGGAUUCCCUUGCUCAUCUGAGCUGCUGGGACACCAGCGAAUUCACACAGUGGAGAAAGAUUAAACAUGCUGUAUGCUCAAUGUACAACCAUCACUGCUACUGAAAUCUAGCACAAAUUCACAAGUGUUGCAGGUGUUCACAGGGGUCAGAUUCUGUCGACGCUGCUGAUCUCGCCCAGGAUUGAACCCUGGUCAUUGGGCACAGUUCACUUUCUUUUGUAAUCUCUUUAACUGAGUUAGAGUUCAUUGUUCUGGAUCUCUGAUUAAAAUAAAGCAGUUCUGUUUGAAACACUUUA